GGCGCGAUGCUGCUCUGGACGGCGCUCGGCCUGGCCCUGAGCCUGGCGCUGGCGCUGGCGCGGAGCGGCGCGGAGAACGGGCCCCAGGCAUCAGCCCCCCAGGGAGACCUGCUCUUUCUGUUGGACAGCUCGGCCAGCGUGUCUCAUUAUGAGUUUUCCCGAGUUCGGGAGUUUUUGGGGCAGCUGGCAGCCCCACUGCCCCUGGGCCCUGGGGCCCUGCGUGCCAGCCUGGUGCAUGUCAGCAGCCGGCCACACACCGAGUUCCCCUUUGGCCAGCACAGCUCAGGUGCGGCUGUCCAGGAUGCCAUACGUGCUGCAGCUCAGCUCAUGGGCAACACCAACACUGGCCUGGCGCUGGCAUAUGCCAGGGAGCAGCUGUUUGCAGAAGCUGCAGGGGCCAGGCCGGGGGUGCCCAAGGUACUGGUGUGGGUGACAGAUGGUGGCUCCAGAGACCCCGUGGGGCCCCCCAUGCAGGAGCUGAAGGACCUGGGCGUCACCGUCUUUAUCAUCAGUACUGGCCGAGGCAACCUCCUGGAGCUGUCAGAUGCCGCCUCGGCCCCUGCUGAGAAGCACCUGCACUUUGUGGAUGUGGACGACCUGCACAUCAUUGCCCAGGAGCUGAGGAGCUCCAUUCUCGACGCUAUGCAGCCGCAGCAGCAGCUCCGUGCCUCUGAGGUCACGUCCAGCAGCUUCCGCCUGGCCUGGCCACCCCUGCUGACCACUGAGUCGGGCUAUUACGUGCUGGAACUGGCACCCAGCUCAGAACCGGGAACGACGCGUCGCCAGCAGUUGCCGGGGAACGCCACGGGCUGGGCUUGGGCCGACCUGGACCCCGACACAGACUACGACGUGGCGCUGGUGCCCGAAUCCAAUGUACACCCCGUGAGGCCGCAGCACCUACGGGUGCGCACGCUACCUGGACAUGCCAAGGAGGCGCUGAGCCUGGCGCAGAUGCAGGAGCAGACGCUGCAGUUGGAGCAGCAGUCCAAGCUCAAAGAGUAUGAAGCCGCUGUGGAGCAGCUGAAGAGUGAGCAGAUCCGAGUGCAGGCUGAGGAACGGAGGAAGACCCUGAGCGAGGAGACACGGCAGCACCAGGCCAGGGCCCAGUACCAGGACAAGCUGGCCCGGCAGCGCUACGACGACCAGCUGAAGCAGCAGCAACUUCUCAACGAGGAGAACUUACGGAAGCAGGAGGAGUCCGUGCAGAAGCAGGAGGCCAUGAGGCGAGCCACCGUGGAGCGGGAGAUGGAGCUGCGGCACAAGAACGAGAUGCUGCGGGUGGAGGCCGAGGCGCGUGCCCGGGCCAAGGCCGAGCGCGAGAAUGCGGACAUCAUCCGGGAGCAGAUCCGUCUGCAGGCAGCUGAGCGCCGCCAGACCAUCCUGGAGUCCAUCCGGACGGCUGGCACACUGUUUGGAGAAGGAUUCCGUGCCUUUGUGACAGACUGGGACAAAGUGACUGCCACGGUGGCCGGGCUGACAUUGCUGGCUGUCGGUGUCUAUUCUGCCAAGAACGCCACUUUGGUGGCUGGGCGGUACAUCGAGGCCCGGCUGGGGAAGCCGUCCCUGGUGAGGGAGACCUCUCGGAUCUCCGUGCUGGAGGCGCUACGGCACCCCCUGCAGGUCAGCAGGCGGCUCCUCAGUAAGCCUCAGGAUGCCCUGGAGGGCGUGGUCCUCAGUCCCAGCCUGGAGGCCCGGGUGCGGGACAUCGCCAUCUCCACGCGGAACACCAGGAAGAACCGCAGCCUGUACAGGAACAUCCUGAUGUACGGGCCACCUGGGACCGGCAAGACGCUGUUUGCCAAGAAACUUGCCCUACAUUCAGGCAUGGACUAUGCCAUCAUGACGGGCGGGGAUGUGGCCCCCAUGGGGCGUGAGGGCGUGACCGCGGUGCACAAGGUCUUCGACUGGGCCAGCACCAGCCGGCGAGGCCUUCUCCUCUUCGUGGACGAAGCAGACGCCUUCCUCAGGAAGCGAGCCACGGAGAAGAUCAGCGAGGACCUCAGGGCCACCCUGAACGCCUUCCUGCACCGGACCGGCCAGCACAGCAGCAAGUUCAUGCUGGUCCUGGCCAGCAACCAGCCCGAGCAGUUCGACUGGGCCAUCAAUGACCGCAUGGACGAGAUGGUCAGCUUCGACCUGCCGCAGCUGCAGGAGCGGGAGCGCCUGGUGAGGAUGUAUUUUGACAAGUAUGUUCUUAAACCAGCCACAGAAGGAAAGCAGCGCUUGAAGCUGGCCCAGUUUGACUACGGCAAGAAGUGCUCAGAGAUCGCACGCCUGACAGAGGGCAUGUCGGGCCGGGAGAUCUCCCAGCUCGCCGUGGCGUGGCAGGCCAUGGCUUAUGCCUCGGAGGAUGGGGUCCUCACCGAGGCCAUGAUGGACGCCCGGGUCCAGGAUGCCGUCCAGCAGCACCGACAGAAGAUGCAGUGGCUGAAAGCUGAGACAGGCCCGAGGGCAGCCAGCCCCCACUCCCGAGUGCGCGGACUGAGUGAGCUGGGCUUCGACAACUGGGGACCCUGGGGCGCACUGGCUGGGUGGCAUCACCAAGAGGCAGCACCGAGAUGCCCAUGUUUCCCAGAGGCCAGUGUGGGUGCUGCACAGCCGCCCACCUCCCCAGCCUUUUUACUAUUCCUCUGGUCAGGGCAAGGGCAGCAUUAAAGGCCUCUGCUUAGGACCAGCUGCAGCUGUGUGUCUUUGUGGUGGGAAUCUGCCCCUCCAAGCUGUGGUUUUGGCUGGGGAGGGUCAGGCUUGGGCCACUCCUAGGCGGCUCCUGGGAGAGGUGUCUCCAGCCAGGCCCAGAACAGGGAGAAGGCACAGCCCCCAUGUCCAGGGGAAGCAGCCAAGUGGACACUGCCCAGUAGCUGGCUGCUGCUGUGACCUGCGGUGGAGGGGAGCCUGACCUCCCCAGUCCCACCUGGACCGGAGCCCAGCGAGGGCUGAACAGAGCAGACCCCGUGGUGCCCUUCAUGUCUCUGACGUACGCACAACUUCGUGUCCUUGGGUACCUGGUUGGGGCUGCACCUGAGACUGGGAGACCCCCGACCUGCUGGCUAGGGUC